AGAACGCGCUUCGGUCCGUCAGUCUGUCAAAUGAAACGAACGAAAGGCGCGGCAUUUGUGUUGUUGCCACCAAAAAAAAUGGCAAUUGUUAAUAAAUAAAUCAUAAUAAAAUAUAUAUUUUUUAUAUAUAAUAACACCCAAAGUGCAUUUAAUACCAACAACUAAAUACCAGCAACAAAAUACGUGUAAAAAAAGUAAUAAAACGAAAUACAAGCAAUAAUACCAGUAAAAAUCAUAAAUCAUAGGAAAAACGUGUUCAACGAGUAUCGUAUUAUGUGUAUAAACUUUCAAACUGAAAACCGCAUAAUUAAUUGCCAAAACAACACCAGCACCGAAACCAAAAAGAAAAAAAGUAACUAAAUAAAUACCGAAGUGAACGUGAUACGUCCUCCUCAACCCACACAACAGAUAGAUAUAUACUCUACUCUACUAUAUAUUGUCCAAAGAGAAGCGAAGCUGUCCACAAUGCGUCGCAACAUCAAACUGAUUGUCUUCGUGAGCAUCAUUUGGAUGUUCGUGAUGGUCUACUACUUCCAGUCCAGCACCGAGAAGGUGGAAAAUCGUGCACUGCGGUUACGUGAGGUGGCAACGGCCAUGCAGCAGCAGUUCCAGGACGACUCCUCGUCGGUGGCGGCAGCAGCGGCGGCGGCGGCGGCAGGAGCAUCCACAGUCCGGCUCUGGGCACCGGCCGGAGGCGGGGUGGGAGUGGGAGGAAUCGGUGGCAGUGGGGCCGAUGAUCCCGGCGGCAAUGUCAUUCUAAUCGGUUCGGUUAAGGACUUUGAGCGCAAUGCGGUCCAUGGCCUGAAAUUGAAUGGAAUUGUGGCGCUGGAAGAGACGUCGCAGGCUCACAGCGGUGGCAUGGGUGGCCGGCUGCCAAUGGCCCCCAGCGGCCGUGCAGGCACUACCGAGGUGGAGUACUUCGACGAGGCGGGCUACAUCAGAGCGGGGGCAUUGCGCAGCGGGGAAGAUCCCUACAUUAGGAAUCGUUUCAAUCAAGAGGCCAGCGAUGCACUGCCCAGUAAUCGAGAGAUACCCGACACAAGGAAUCCCAUGUGUCGCACUAAGAAGUACCGCGAGGAUCUGCCCGAGACCAGUGUCAUCAUCACCUUCCACAACGAGGCCAGGUCCACGCUAUUGAGAACCAUUGUCAGUGUUCUCAAUCGCAGUCCCGAGCACCUGAUACGAGAAAUCGUACUGGUAGAUGACUUCAGUGAUCAUCCCGAAGACGGCCUGGAGUUGGCCAAGAUCGACAAGGUCCGCAUCAUACGGAACGACAAGCGUGAAGGCCUGGUCCGGUCCCGGGUUAAGGGCGCCGAUGCCGCCGUCAGCAGCGUCCUCACCUUCCUCGACAGCCACGUGGAGUGCAAUGAGAAGUGGCUGGAGCCGCUGCUCGAGCGGGUUCGGGAGGAUCCGUCGCGGGUGGUUUGUCCCGUCAUCGAUGUGAUCAGCAUGGACAACUUCCAGUAUAUCGGUGCCUCGGCCGAUUUGCGCGGCGGCUUCGACUGGAAUCUGAUCUUCAAGUGGGAGUACCUCAGUCCAGCCGAGCGUUCGGUCCGCCACAACGAUCCCACCACGGCCAUCAGGACCCCGAUGAUAGCGGGAGGCCUGUUCGUUAUCGACAAGGCGUACUUCAAUAAGCUGGGCAAAUACGACAUGAAAAUGGAUGUGUGGGGCGGUGAGAAUUUGGAAAUCUCGUUCCGUGUCUGGCAGUGCGGCGGCAGUUUGGAAAUCAUCCCCUGCAGUCGGGUGGGUCACGUCUUCCGUAAACGGCAUCCCUACACCUUCCCGGGGGGCAGCGGCAAUGUGUUUGCCCGGAAUACGCGACGUGCCGCGGAGGUCUGGAUGGAUGACUACAAACAGCAUUACUACAAUGCCGUGCCCCUGGCCAAAAACAUUCCGUUCGGCAACAUUGACGACCGUCUGGCUUUGAAGGAGAAAUUGCAUUGUAAGCCAUUCAAAUGGUAUCUGGAGAAUGUGUAUCCCGACCUGCAGGCCCCCGACCCACAGGAGGUUGGCCAAUUCCGACAGGAUAGCACCGAAUGCUUGGAUACAAUGGGCCACCUAAUCGAUGGCACUGUGGGAAUCUUCCCCUGCCACAACACGGGCGGCAACCAGGAAUGGGCAUACUCGAAGCGCGGCGAAAUCAAGCACGACGAUCUCUGCCUGACACUCGUGCAGUUCGCCCGCGGCUCCCAGGUGGUGCUGAAGGCCUGCGAUGAGUCGGAGAAUCAGCGCUGGAUCAUGCGGGAGGGCGGCCUGGUGCGACACCACAAGAUCAACGUGUGCCUGGACUCGCGGGAUCAGACGGCACAGGGCGUGAGUGCGCAGCACUGCAACUCCGCCCUCGCCACGCAGCGCUGGUCGUUCGGCAAGUACGCGUGAGAGAGACGCCUCACGGACUAGGCUGGAUAAAGAGACAGAUAGAGCGGGACACAGUGAUAUUUGUGCAAGUGGACGGAAGGAGGAGGAGGAGGAGGAGGAGGAGAAGGAAGCCUAACCUAACUCUAUGUGGAUUGCAUGUGGAUUGUAUGUGUACUGUAUGUAUUCGUAAUGUUUUACCUUACCAAUGUUGAUUUGUUGCUGAACAUAAAACACACUCUCACACACCCGAUUAUAUUACCAUAUAUAGUGCAUACUUGUAAACGAUAAGUUCAACUUUAGUUAAAGAGGGUUCACGAAUCGUUCAGACACCAUUUCCUCUGGGGGUUAAACUUACAUCAAACGAAAAUAUGAAAUGCAUACAAAAAAUGUACUUAGACUGAUUAAUUUUUUGUAUAUGUAUACAAAAUAUAUAUAAAACAAAGAAAAUGGGAAAUAAUACUACCCAUAAAAGCGUAAAACUUUGGCAGCUGCUUGACAAAAACAAAAGAAAGAAGCAUAAGCUAUAAAUUAAUUUUUGCAUUCCAACGGCACACAUUCAUUCGAGUCAAUUAAGGAUAUAAAUUUGUCACAAAUCAAACAGAAAAAUAGCCUAGCAUACGAUUCAGAUCUUCACACACACACACACACAUGCUCAGAGUCUUCUCAACUUUGUACUUAACACAAACAAAAAGCAAAAACAAACAAACAUGAAAUGUUAUCAUUAGUUUUAGUUGUACUUCUAAGUGGAAAAAAAUCAUUUGAAAUCAUUGAAACCUAUGUGAAAUAUGUAUGUAUAUAUAAUGAAAAGGAAAAUAUUAUUUAAAUGUUUAUCAAACGCCAAAUAAAUUGAACAUUUUUCGAUUCUAUAUUGUACGCAAAUCGAAAAGAAUUGAAUUGAAUGUCUCUUUGUUAUUAUUUCAAAUGCAUAACUAAUUUCCAGUAAUCAAAGGAAAACAUAUGUACACGACAUCAACUAAAUUUUGUAUGUGAAAAAGUAUAUAUUUUUUGUAUUAUUUUCACACAGUUUUUAGGUUCGUUUGUAUGACAGGAAAAGCGUGAAUGAUUUAAGAAAAAAAACAAGAAGAAAAACAAAACCAAAUAUUGUACAUUUGUUUGUGGGGUGUGUACUGUGCGUAUACCCAAUAAAAAAUUAUAAUUAAAAACAUUUUUAAUUUGAAUCAACCAGAAAAAAAAAA